UUGAAAAUCUAGGAGGGUAGGGUGGUGGGUAGUCAGCUUGCCACCUGAAAGUUCUCUUUCCCUACCCCACUUUCGACUCUCUUGAUAACCAAAUAACCUGAUAAUCUCGAAGAGGGCCCGAUAUGAGAGGAAAGAACAGGCAUAGGGGAGGAAACCCUUACGGAAGAGUAAUAGUAGAGCUGGAGGAAUAAUUUGUAUCAGGCACAUGGAAAGAUACCCGCCGAGUGGCUGGAUUAGGGGAGGGAAGGGGAAGGGAGAAGAGGGGGAGGGGAAAGGUCCUCGUCUCGUUGUCCAGGAGGGGAGGGACGCGGUGUACCCAACUCAAGGUAGAGGGCAAAGGGCAAAGUUCAGCGCGAAUUCGCAGGCCCGACUCGUGCUCACUAUGGCAGCCUCCGCAGCGGGGCUACAGCCAGACUCGACCGUGGUGGUGGUAGGCUCCUGUAUGACCGACCUGGUCAGCCUUACAUCACGUCUGCCCAAAACUGGAGAAACCAUCCAUGGACAUAAGUUUUUUAUUGGCUUUGGAGGAAAAGGUGCCAACCAGUGUGUGCAAGCAGCCCGGCUUGGAGCCAAGACUUCCAUAGUGUGCAAGGUUGGCAAAGAUUCUUUUGGCAGUGAUUAUAUAGAAAACUUAAAACGAAAUGGUAUUUCUACAGAAUUUAUGUUUCAGACCAAAGAUGCUUCUACAGGAGCUGCUUCAAUAAUUGUCAAUAAUGAAGGACAGAAUAUUAUCGUCGUCGUGGCCGGAGCAAACUUGCUGUUGAAUUCUGAUGACCUGAGGAAGGCAGCUGAUAUCAUUAGCAGAGCCAAAGUAAUUAUCUGCCAGCUAGAAAUAUCUCCAGCUACUUCUCUAGAAGCCCUGACAAUGGCCCACAAAAGCGGAGUGAAGACCCUGUUUAAUCCUGCCCCUGCCACAGCUGACCUUGAUGCACAGUUCUAUACUAUGUCGGAUAUUUUCUGCUGCAAUGAAAGUGAGGCUGAAAUUUUAACUGGGCUUACAAUUAGUAGCCCUGCAGCAGCUGGAAAGGCUGGAUCAGUGCUGAUCGAAAGGGGUUGCAAGAUAGUAAUCAUUACCCUAGGUGCUGAAGGAUGUGUGUUUGUAUCAGCCGAAGAACCUGGCCCAAAGCAUAUUCCCACACAGAAGGUCAUCAAACCUGUGGAUACUACGGGGGCUGGAGAUAGUUUUGUGGGAGCAUUGGCCUUCUACCUGGCUUAUUAUCCUAACCUGCCUAUGGAAGAAAUGAUCAAGAGAGCCAGCUUCAUUGCAUCAGUCAGCGUCCAGUCUUCAGGAACCCAGACUUCUUUCCCUUACAAAAAGGACCUGCCACUUAAUCUGUUUUGAUUAAGAUAAGGCUUAUGUGCAUGCAGUUAAUGUGAACUUCAUGAAGGCAGAGAAUUCAAGUACCUUGUACACUAUAACCUUGUAUUACAUACAAGGAUGUUCUCCCACCAUGCACAGGGUACCUGCUCUCUGUUGUUUAUACAGUAAUGAUGACUGAUUUCUCUUACAUAAUUUUGCAAAGCAACUGGCCAAGAUUAGGAGUGCAGCCCAAGGUUAGGCUGGGGUUUUGCAAGGAACUACAAUUUCAUCACUAUUUGAAAAACAAUUAAAAGACAUAUCCUAAUGACAGUGGAUUGGUAGCAUCACACAUGUCCUAUACUGCCUUGCAUAUAGUCAGCACUCAAUAAAUGUUCAGUGAUUGAAUGGAAUGAGUAAAUGAAUAAGUGAACAAUUGUUUGAGGUUCCUAAAUUUAAAUCUAAAAAAACAAUAGAUCCCCUGCAUAUACUUUCCAAACAGGCUCAGCAGGGGACAUCGAAUGAACAAGCUGUUUGGCCCAAGUCUUAAUCAUACAAAUAGUCAAUUCCUUCUGAAACUUCAACACUAUUUGAGCCUGCUUUGGAAACAGAACUUGGGACAGGGCUCUAGCAAAUGGCCACUCGGUACCUUUCCAUCUCUAGUUGUUUUCCAUCUGAAGCCAAAGUACAGAUUUUAACCGUCCCACAAGCUAGCCUGUGCCUGCCAAAGGACUAGGAUUCUGAAACAACAUUUACAGCUAGUGUCAUUUCUUCUCUCACCACUGCUAGUCCCGAGAUUCUCAGUCUCAGAGAUGGAAACUACCUAAUACUUGAGUGGGAACGGUUCCUUUUUAGUUUGUUUCCCAUUGGAGAUUUCCUUAUAGCCAGGCAUUUAGGGAGAAGUGGAUUUGUAAGAAAUGGCUAAGGAGAAUGGGAGGUACUUCUUUGAAAAGGGCAGGAUUUCUCCUCCAGAAGAUGGGACCCAAGCCUCAUUUGACACAUACUGAACAGGUAAACAGGGUCACAGAGUAUUGAGCUGAAACAGGUGAUUUACUAAUUCAGCUGCCUCUGUGAGGGAGUCACCCAAGUCACAAAGCUGCAGCUGAUGGAGCAAGGUCAAAGCCACAUCUUCUGCCUCGUAAGCCCACUACCUUCAUACACUGUUUUCUAGUCCUGGUGCUGCCAACUGCCAGCUGUGUGACACAGGGCAAUUUUCCUAACUUCUUUGAGCAUUUUUCAUCAAGAAUUUGGGCUAAAUGAUGGUUUCCUUCACUUGUAAGAUUCUACAAUGCUAAGCUAGUUGCUGCAACAUGUGAAGGCACUAGACCACCCUCUUACUCCUACUGUGUGAUCACAAAACUUCUUCAAAAUAAAUAGCUCUCCCUAAUACACAGGCCGAAUUCAGUUUUCUAAGGUAUUAGUAUGAGUGAGUGACACUAUCUGUGCUAAAAAUAAGAAGACUUCUUUAAGUGAUCUGGGCUUAAGAAGGCUGGCUAACUUCAAUGAUUUUUCUAAUUACCUAAGUACAAAAGGGGUUCUCUGCGGGGUUUUGGCAUUCUAAAUCCUCCCUAUUGGGGUUCCCUAUUUUUCCUUUUCAUUUCUGCUUUUACCUUGGCACUUGUUGCAGGAUCAUUCUGAAAAGUUAAUUAUUGCUCUUCUCUGGGGUAAAAAGUGGGGCUAGAAAUUCUUGCAUCAGAAGCUCUGUCAUGGAAAUUUUUCAUUUCUUGUUAUUAUGAAACAAUGGUCAUUUUUAGAAAAUCAUACUGUUAAAAAAUCAGUGGAAAAAAUCAUUAAGAGACAAUAGUACUAGCUAUUUUAAUAUUUUUUUAUUGAAGGCUGUAAAAAUAACCCGAAAGAUAAAUAAAUGUUGAUGCAAUGA